AGGACAAGUUAGAGAUGCUAUAAAAAUGUUCUGGUGAGAGGGGAAGGAGCUGUUCGAAGUAAACUGAUCUCGAUUAGGUAUAGUUUAGUCUACCCAUACAGUGCCUACUCUCCGCGCGAAGACAGGGGCGACAUCAGACAUCGCGCUCCGAGUGGACUUAUUUUAAAACUGAUUUCAAAUGAACUACACAAAAGGACCGGACAAUAUCUAGUCACAGUACACAGAAACUCCAGAGGACUUUACUGUGUUGGGGAUCGUAAGACAGCUGCAUAUCUCAUAGGAUAUCCCAAGUUGUAAAGGAGGAUGGGGUGUGUGUGGCUGGUGACGGUGUAUGUGGUGUGUGUGUGCCUUUGGGGUCAGAGCAAGUCAGACAGGACCAAUCAGGCCUCUCCCAUCCAUCUGCAGGUUGGCAAUGGAGCCUCGGAACUGUGUAUGAUAGACGUGAUUCUGUGCCAGGAUGAGAAUGCGUUGCUGAGUUUCGAGGCGAUCCGUAGCAUCCACAAACUGAUGGAUGAUGAUGCGGAUGGAACCGUGGACAUGAGCGAGACAGACGGGUUCCUGAGGGAGGAUCUGAAGUACCAUGACCCCAAAGGGAAACACAACAGUUUCCAUGGAGCAGACCUGCUCAUCAGUGUAGAGGACAUGUGGAACGUAUGGAGGGCCUCAGACGUGUACAACUGGACAGUGGAGAAGGUGGAGGACUGGCUCAUACAAUAUGUGGAGCUCCCUCCGUAUGUGGACAUCUUCAAGAAGCACAAUCUGGACGGAAGGGCCUUACCCAGGUUGGCAGUAAAGAACACCACUCUCACUCUGUCCAUUCUGAAGAUUAUUGACCGGAGUCACGCCCAGAAACUACAGCUGAAAGCAAUGGACACCGUGCUGUUCGGACCACCACUCAUGAGCAGACACAGCUACCUGAAGGACCUGAUGUUAGUGGUCUCCAUAGUGAUGGCGCUGGGUGGCUGCUGGUUUGCUUACAUCCAGAACCGUAGCUCCAAAGACCACCUGGGCAAGAUGAUGAGGGACCUGGAGGGCCUACAGAGAGCAGAGCAGAGCCUGCACGACCUGCAAGAGAAGUUGCAGAUCGCCCAGGAGGAGCAUCGUAGUGUGGAGGUUGAGAAGGUAACGUUGGAGCAACGUCUGAGGGACGAGAUCAACGAAGCCAAGCAAGAGGCCCAGAGACUCGGUAAGCUACGGGAGGGAACAGAGAACGAGUGGAGCAGGCAGAAAUACGCCGAGGAAGAGCUGGAUCAGGUGCGUAUGGCCCUGAAGAAGGCAGAGCGGGAGCUGGAGUCUCGGGCCUGUUGGUCUCCCCCUGAUGCCCUUAAGACCUGGCUGCAGCUGACCCACGAGAUAGAGGUCCAGUACUACAACAUCAAGAAACAGAGCGCUGAGAAACAACUACUUCAGGCCAAAGAGGGGGCUGACAAGAUCAAGAAGAAGAGGAGCACCCUAUUUGGGACGUUCCAUGUGGCUCAUAGCUCCUCCCUGGACGACGUUGAUCACAAGAUCCUGACUGCCAAGCAGGCUCUCGGUGAGGUGACGGCUGCUCUGAGGGAGAAGCUUCACCGCUGGCAGCAGUUGGAGUCUCUUACAGGCGUACCAUUGGUCAAUAACCCCGGUCUGCCCGCCCUGGCCGCUGCCCUCAACCUAGACCCCGCCUUCCUGGGCCUGCACCCGUCCACCCCGCAGCACCUAAUCCUAUCAGACGAUUUAGACGACAUGGACGAGAAUAUGCUGUCCCCAGGGACGCUGCGGUACGCGGCCUGGCAGAUGGACCGGCGAGUGAGUGACCUCUGGCCAAUGAGCGGCAUCUCCGACAGCCAAUCCCCAUGGAAGUAUUCUGCUCCCAACCUGAUGCCCCUGCGACAGCGCCCGGGAGACCCCUCACUGGCCCUGGGCUUUCAGAGGGAUCUGAACCGGUCUGACUCAGACUCCUCCCUCUUCCUGUCCCAGAGCGAAUCACAGCGCACCUACAUAUCUAAGCCCCUCCCACCAAAGCCCCUCCCCCAGCAGGGCAGGGCUCCCAUUGACAGCCCCUUGAUGAUGUCAUACGGCCUGGAGAAGAGCUCCAGUCUCGGGGAGCUCCGCGGCGGAGGAAGUCCCACCCUCGCUCCUGCUUACUCCACACACUCCCUAUGCCCCGCCUCCUUUGACCCUGAUGCGCGGUCGGGGAAGGGGGACAGCCGUAUCCCCCACAUGCAGGCCAAGAAGAGCCCCCUGGAAGAGGACAGCUGUUUCACGGGCGAAGAGAUCGACUCGGGCAACGGGCGCAAGAAACACACCUUCAAGAUCUUCAAGAAGAGGAAGUAGGCGUUGUAAAAUCACAGGGAGGCACCAGAGAGGAAGAGCUACAUUCCCGUUGUUCACACUAUAGGCUAGCAUACCACUUAGAAUAAACCAGUGUAUUGGGCAUGCAUUCGAAGGGGUCUACAACUAGUAUGGAUAUUAGAACAUGGCCGUGUACUAAGAAUAAAUAAUUGACAUGGUCUAAAGACAUAAAUAAAUUACAUGAAUUUAAGAAAAAUAAAUAAGUUACAUGGACUAAAAACAAAAAAAGAAGUUACAUAGACUAAAGAAAAAGAAAUGUUGAAGAAAUGUUUUAAGCUUUAAAUGCGAAUGCAGCAAUAAUUAAAGAUAUUAUUUAUAAAGUUGUUUGUGACCAUA